GGUCUGGCUUGCAUAUGUCGCUUCAACUGAAAGGGUUACGGUAACGACGCACACGAUGUCGACCACAUUUCUCAGCAAUAGAAGCGAGCUUUCAAUUCGUGCCGCCCCACAAUGCCAUAGUAGACGCGUGCACGCACGGCACUGCUAUUUCGUCUGUAGCUAUCAGAAUUUAAAUCCGAAUCCGCUGACUGUUGUCACCGUCACAGCCCUCGGUAGCACUGGACAACGACGCUCUAGAUGCAGAUUCACAUGCCAAGCUUCAGGCAGAAAAAUCGAUAGUGUUUCGACGGAAAUGCGAGAGUUUGGCUUCGCCAAAGACUUCGACGAACGGUAUACCCUGGGCGGAAAGAUUGGCUCCGGAACCUUCGGCACCGUUUACCUAGCCACGGAGAAAGCGACCGGCCAGGAGGUGGCAGUCAAGGUGAUCACGAAGCGCAUUCUGGGGGGUUACCUGGAGAGGCAGUUCGUGAGGCGGGUGCAGCACGAGGUGGAUAUUUACAACCACGUGGGUCGCUCACUCAAUGUGGCGUACCUGUACGGCGCGUACGAGAACACCGUACAUGUACAGCUCGUGAUGGAGCUGUGCAAGGGCGGGGAGCUGUGGACCCGGGUUCAGCGAGGAAAGUACGACGAAGCAGCUGCGGCGGCAAUUGUACGGGAGAUCUUGUGCACCCUGGCGCAAUGUCAUGCUAAAGGUAUAGUCCUCCGGGAUGUGAAACCCGAGAACUUCCUCUUCCUGACACCCGCCCCGGACUCCCCACUUAAAAUGAUCGACUUCGGGCUGGCCACGUACUGCAAACCUGGCCAGUUGCUGAGUGAUAGGGCUGGCUCCCCUCUUUACGUGGCGCCAGAGGUCCUCAAGCAGUCGUACGGCCAACCGUGUGACGUGUGGAGCGCCGUUGUGAUCGCCUACCAGCUGCUCACGGGUCGAUUCCCUUUCGAGGACGAGGACCAGGGGCUGCUGUUGAGCUCCCUGAACGUGCUGGGGAAGAGACACUUCACCAAUAAGGAGGUGUUUUUCGCCAUCCUGUACGGCGAUCUGGAUUUCAGCCGACCGCCAUGGGACGAGAUCAGUCCUCUUGCCAAGGGCUUCGUGUCGUCAUUGCUGCAGCAGUACGACACAGCGGCGACGACUAGCGGCAGUAGCAGUAGCAGCAACGGCAGCAGUGUUAAUAGCGGCAGUAGCAGUGGCAGUAGUGGUAUCAGCAACCAGCCGCUGAGCGAUUCUCUGGUGCAACGACUACAGCGGUACGGCACGUACGGCAGGUUGAAGCAGCUGGCUCUGCGUGCUGUCGUAAGCUUUAUGGCGACCAGUGAUCACGCGCGUGUGGCCUCCCUGGAGGCGGCAUUCCGACAGCUGGAUCCAGGGGGCGCGGGACGAGUGCCGUACGAGGCGGUUGCGGCCAUGCUGGGGGGCGAGGACUGGGACCUGAGUCCCACGG